AUGGAGGAAUUAUUCGGACAUCUCAAAAGCCAAGUGGACCAUGCGGAUGAAACCGUUCACGAUAGAAAUCCAAGUUACUUCAAACACAUAGUGAAUUCUGGAACAAGCGGUGUGCUUCCGUGCACUUUCAAGUAUGUCAUGGAUAAGGUACAAGAACAUCCGGCAUCAUUCACAGCUACUCCUUUGCUAUGGAUAACUCUUAUAGUCGCAUUGGCUUACUCAAGACAUCGCACUCGAGCAUAUUUAGCUGAAGCUUCUUUAUAUGAUAGACAAUCUUUCAUAAAGCAAUGGUUUGAACAGCAGCAAGCAGAAGAGAAACAAAAAGGUGUUCAUCCGAUAGAUGCAACGGUGCGCGAUUGCGAUUUUCGCUACGAUGACGUCAAAGUGACAACGGACGAUUUCAAAGCAAUUUCUUUUCCACCAAAUUACGGUGAACCACGUCUAUGCUCCAUCCAUAGGCCAUUCUCUGUCGAAAUGCUGGAAAUUAAGAAGAAGGAGUUCAGGGCAUUUGUGGCUCGAGCUUACUUGAAUGGCACUAACAAUCCAGUUACAAGACAAAUAUGCAGAGCAUAUGUAGGAGGAUUGACCUAUGUUACUUUGUAA